AUGGCUUCCGGCAAAAAGACUGUCCUCAUCACUGGCUGCACGCCAGGCGGCAUCGGCCAUGCACUGGCCCUCAAAUUCCAUGAGGCUGACUACCACGUCAUCGCCACCGCCCGCCGCGCCGAGGUCCUCGAGGAGCUCACCAAGAUGGGCAUGAGCGCCGUCUCGCUCGACGUCACCUCAAGCGCGAGCAUCGAAAAGUGCAAGGCGCAGGUCACCGAGAUCACUGGCGGCACCCUUGACAUUCUCGUCAACAACGCCGGCCUCCUCUACAUGCUCCCCGCGACCGACAUCGACAUGGACGGCGUGCGCGCCACGUUUGAGACCAACGUGUUUGGCGUCAUGGCCAUGUGCCAGGCCUUUAUCCCGCUGCUGAUGCCCGCGCGCGGCCUCGUCGUGCAAAUCUCGUCCAUCUCGGCCGUCGCCGCCGACCUCUACGCCAGCGUGUACAGCGCGACCAAGGGCGCGCUCAACUCGUACUCGCGGAGCCUGCGCCUCGAGCUGCGCCCGUUUGGCGUGCGCGUCAUGGUCGCCGUCACGGGCACCGUGCGGUCCCGGAUCGCCGCCAAGAUCUCGCAGCGCCUGCCAGAGGGCUCCCUGUACGCGCCCGUCGACGACUUGUACGUCAAGCGCCACCGGUUCAGCCAGGAGACGGUCCCCAUGGACACGGACGUGUAUGCCGCCAAGAUUGUCGCGCAGGCGGUCAAGGGCGAGGGCUGGCUCGGCGGCUGGCUUGGCCGCUCGCCGGACUGGUACUGGACUGGCGGCAUCGCGCGCCGGACGUGGCUGGCCCAGUACCUUCCGACGAGCUGGACGGAGAGCAUGACGGCGGCGCUGUCGGGGAAUGACGAGAUUACGAAGCGGAUUCAUGCGGCGCAGGGAAAGACGGCGUAA